AUGUCACGGGAUAAUUUCCCUUCAAUGCUAUUUUUCGAUGUCUUGGGGACAAUUGUGGAAUGGAGAUUUUGUAUCGCAGACGAACUCAAUGCCACAGCACAAAAGGCUUUGCAAGAUCAAGCUCGAUGUCUGAGUGCCGAUGUGCGAGCACAUGUCUCUAGUAUGCCCACUUCAAGCUGGCAGGAGAUCGCUGAGGAGUGGCAUCGCUCAUAUAUGAACUUCGGAGACACUUACGAUGCAUCUAAGCCCUUUGUCUCAGUAGAUGAGUACAACCGCAUUUCUUUGGAGAGCAUUCUCAUCAAAUGGCUUCUCCGGGAUUUGUUUAACGAUGACGAUCUCAAAAGCUUAACUCUCGCUUGGCAUCGACUCAACUCAUACUCUGACAGUGUGCCAGGCCUUUCCUUGCUAAACACUGAGUUUCUGACGUCUACAUUAUCCAAUGGUAAUGUAAAGCUCCUCGAAGACCUACAAGAACACAAUUCCUUGCCUUUUAAGCACAUCACCAGUGCAGAGCAUUUCGGUGCGUACAAGCCCUCGCCAGAGGUCUAUCAUGGUGCUGCUCGCAGGUUUGGCUUCAGGAACUCGCAAUGCUGUCUCGUCGCAGCUCAUCUUGAGGACUUGUAUGCCGCCAAAAAAUGUGGGUUCCAGACAAUCUAUGUCGAGAGAGAGCUGGAAGAGGCCUGGGAUAGUACAGCCGUUGCACGAGCCAGGGACGAGGGGAUUGUCGAUCUUUGGAUCGGCGUUGAAGGCUCAGGUCUGAUUGAGGUUGCUCGUUACUUUGGAAUAGAAAGUGGAUGUUGA